AUGACUUCUGCUCCUUUCGAUCUAAGCAGUUUAGCUCCAGCUGCCAAUAGCUGGGGUCCUCCAAGCACAGUUCCAGAUGAACUCCGUUUCAGUGACAUUCCAUACGCUCCUUUUUCCAAAGGUGAUAAAUUAGGUAAAGCUGCUGAUUGGAACACAAAUGAUAACUUUGGUAAAGACCAAAAGGAUAAAUUCAGAAAGAACCAAAGAGAUUACUUCCAAGCUUACGGAACUUCAGCUGCCUCAUCCUUUGCUGCUGAAGCUAAUGAUGAUGAUGCCUUCUCAGUUGUUGAUAGUACUAAGACUCAAGCCCCAAGAAAUCAAACUAGUACUACUCUUCUAAAAGGUAGAAGAGGUGGUCAACAAGGUGGUGGUUUCCAAAAAAGACAAUUCGCUGGUGGUGCUGCUGGUGGUGCUCAAAACAAACCAAGUGGUCCAAGAAAACCAUUUAACCCAGUCCGUCGUAAUAACUGGAGAGAUGAUAAACCUGAAAGAGUGCGUGAUUCUUCUGUUAAAGUUGAUGAAUCUUGGAAAGUUAUUUCUGACAUUGAAUUAAGUAAAUUGACUAAAUUGAACUUUGAAGUUAACUCUGGUGAAGAAUUAGAUACUUAUGGUGCUUUGAACUUAUACAACAAAAAAAUUGAAAGAACUGCAGGUGCUCCAUUAAAAGUCAUUGACAGAGCCUUUUAUAACCCAUCAGCUUCUGAUGACCCAGUUAUUCAAGAAUUAAGUGCUAAAAAAACAGCUAAAGUUUACACAACUGAUUCAGUUAUAACACAAUUGAUGUGUGCUUCAAAAUCUGUUUACUCAUGGGAUAUUGUUGUUACUAAAAAAGAUGGUGUUAUCUUUUUUGAUAAAAGAGACGGUUCAGAAAUUGAUAGAAUCACCGUUGAUGAAAACGCUUAUGAUGCUCCAUCAGAUUCUCAUGAUGCCAAUAUCAACAAUGCUCAAAACUUGUCAUUAGAAGCAACAUUUAUCAAUCAAAACUUUUUAGCUAACUCUGUUUUCGAUGAAAACGUUGUUAAAUACCAUCCAAACCCAUUCCAUGAUUCUUCAGAACCAUUAUUAUCCAAAGGUUACAGAUAUAAGAAAUUCUCCUUCAGAGCCAAUGAUGAAGAAGAAGAACCAGUUUCAGUUGUCGUUAGAACUGAAGUUGAUUCUAAAGAUGCUGCCACUAAUCAAACUUUAGCGGUCAAGGCAGUUAAUGAAUACAACAACAAUGGUCUUGAUUGGAAAUCAAAAUUCACUUCUCAAAGAGGUGCUAUCAUUGCUGCUGAAUUGAAAAACAACAACAACAAAUUCUCCAAAUGGACUAAUCAAGCUAUUUUAGCUGGUGUUGAUACCAUCAAGUUGGGUUUUGUUUCAAGAGCUAAUUUCAAAGAUAAUACUAAACAUGUCAUCUUGGGUGUUUCAUCUUAUAGACCACAAGAUUUGGCCAUGCAAAUCAACUUAUCCACUGGUAAUGGUUGGGGUAUUGUUAAAUCUUAUAUCGAUAUUAUCUCUGCUGAAGAUGAUGGUAAAUUUGUUAUUUUGAAACAUCCAAACAGUCCUAAAUUGACUGUCUACAAAGUUCCAGAAAACGCUUUCCAAGAUGAAGAAUAA